CAAAACGCAUGGACGCGGAUGUGAUUUAAGGAAAGAAAUGUAAAGAUUCUAUUGGUCUAUUCCGGGUGAGAAAGGUGCGGGGGCAUCAAAACAAAUCAUACUUGUGAGUUAUAUAAGUCAGAAUCUCAACGACAAGGGGUAUAGCAAAGUUUACAGAAGACUACCUGAGGCUUAUAAGAGUUCAAAAGCAACAGUGAAAAUGUAUAUGUCAUCAGUGGCCUUGGCCUUUUUGUUGGGCUGUGUCUGCCAAGGACUGGCAAAGGACAAUAUUGUCAUUGAAGAUCAUCUUUUGAAACCUUUACCCACGGCCACGUUAUGGAGGAAACCUUGCUGCCCAAGACGUAACAGCAUGUCCAUUGAUCUCACGAGGGGGGUUUUCAUAGGAAAAGUGGAAGGUGUAUCUACACCUACAUUUACAACCUCACCGUCAGCAAACAUGGAGUGUGGAGUAAUGGCUGAUCUCACAGCUAAAUUCCAAAACGUUUCUGACUGCCUGUCUGAUUGGCAACAGUGUGUUUCCUUCCCCACGUGUGGACAGCGCAUGCUCAGAAUCGACAUGUUUCUGGGAAAACGACGGAGGGGUUACAUGUUCAACGUGGGAGAUAGCCCUAGCAACGAUGGUUGGGGUGGCGAUUAUGGAGAUACGAAACAUGAUGCUGAAAUCAUGGGAUACUAUCCUAGGAUCUUGGGAUACAAGUCGGAUUUUUGCAAAACAGAGAAAACUGAAUGGUUAAACACCCUUUUGGCGCCAGGCGUUACACGAGUCACGAUGUUUGCGGCCAACAAUUACGUCAGGAUCAAGAAUGACCAGGGAUUUGAGAUGAAAGAAUGUCACAAAUGCGGUUUUGCUCUCAAUGGACAGGACCCCAACGAUAGCGCCAACACUUUGUACAUGGCAUUCAACAACAUGAUCAGGGGAACUCACCGAAAGGGGUAUGGGGUGUGUCACGUCAGAAUCCGCUGGGAAUGUCCAGAUUGUUAGAGGAGUCCGAAUAUUGCUAUGAUACUCAGUGAAAAGAAAGACAAAAUUUUCAAGCCCAUGUUUCUGACUGAAUAAUCAUCAGAAUCAUAUCUUAAAUCCAUGUUUGACAUUGUCUCUAUUGUAUUUUGAAUGUUUCUUCGAACUGAAAUUAGAUGUGAUAUUUUGUGUCAAUAGUCGAUGGGUUAUAUAGAGAUUAUCUGGAAUUAGAUGCAUAUUCAUUAUUCAAAUAAAUUUCUUUGGAAGAUCA